UCUUUUUGGGCGAAGAAGUCAGAGGCAUCAUCCGUUCCGCCCGCUGCCUGGGAGGGGUUAUACUUAUGCCGUGCGGGUGGGAGGGAGCCACGGAGAGAAACGGAGUUCCAGCAGCUCGGAGAGGGAGACUGGCGGUGGUUUGGGUCGGUCGGGGCCAGGGAGGCUGGUGCCUGUUGUCCAUAGUCCGGGCUCUGGGUGUCCCGCCAGCUGCCUGGGGCCGAGGCGGGAGCGGGAGAGCGAGCGAGGAGCCGAGGGCUGGCGCCCGGGACGGGAGGGGGUCGGUCCGCUGCGCUGCUCCUGCUGCAUUGCAGCCUCCCGCCCGCCCGCUGUCCGUCCAUCCAUCCAACCCUCUCUCCCUCCCUUCGCGUCUGGCGCGCUGCACAAUGGCGGCUCCCGGUCCCGGCUCUGGCUCCGGCCCUGGCGGCGGGUCCCAGUCGGCGCACACGACAGUCAGCAGCAUGCAGGAGAGAGACUGAGAACACACAGCAUUGAAUCAUCAGGAAAAUUGAAGAUUUCCCCUGAACAGCAUUGGGAUUUUACUGCAGACGACUUGAAAGACCUUGGAGAAAUUGGACGAGGCGCGUAUGGUUCUGUCAACAAAAUGGUCCACAAACCAAGUGGGCAAAUUAUGGCCGUUAAAAGAAUUCGGUCAACAGUGGAUGAAAAGGAACAGAAACAGCUCUUAAUGGAUUUGGAUGUAGUUAUGCGAAGUAGUGAUUGUCCAUAUAUUGUUCAGUUUUAUGGAGCACUCUUCAGAGAGGGUGACUGUUGGAUCUGUAUGGAACUCAUGUCUACCUCGUUUGAUAAAUUUUACAAAUAUGUAUAUAGUGUAUUAGAUGAUGUUAUUCCAGAAGAAAUUCUAGGCAAAAUAACUUUAGCUACUGUGAAAGCACUAAACCACUUAAAAGAAAACUUGAAAAUCAUUCACAGAGAUAUUAAACCUUCCAAUAUUCUUCUGGACAGAAACGGAAAUAUUAAACUCUGUGAUUUCGGCAUCAGCGGACAACUUGUAGACUCCAUUGCCAAAACUAGAGAUGCUGGGUGCCGGCCCUACAUGGCACCAGAGAGGAUAGACCCCAGUGCAUCCAGGCAAGGAUAUGAUGUCCGUUCAGAUGUCUGGAGCUUAGGGAUUACAUUGUAUGAGCUGGCCACAGGACGGUUCCCUUAUCCCAAAUGGAAUAGUGUAUUUGAUCAGCUGACACAAGUAGUCAAGGGAGACCCACCACAGCUGAGUAACUCAGAAGAACGGGAGUUCUCCCAAAGUUUUAUCAACUUUGUCAACUUGUGCCUUACAAAGGACGAGUCCAAAAGGCCAAAGUAUAAGGAGCUUUUGAAACAUCCCUUCAUCCUAAUGUAUGAGGAGCGAACAGUGGAUGUUGCGUGCUAUGUUUGUAAAAUCUUGGAUCAAAUGCCAGCAACUCCAAGCUCUCCAAUGUAUGUCGAUUGAUACUGCUGCUACGUCAAAACUCUAGUGCAAGUGCUGAGAGAAAGCAAGAUGUACAGAAUCUUCACCCAAUAUUGCAGUGUUUUAACGCUUGCCCAGACACCAUGUGCAAUAAUGUUGGUGUUUUUCUUCCAUUCUGUCUGUAUAUUAUUGUCACAUAAAGUGCAUCCAUGUAAUACCUGAUCACACAGUGUUAGUGUCAGUCAAAGAGAGACCUCCGUUUGCUCUUUUUGUGGACAUACUCAUGAAAUGUGGAAAUAGGUAACAUUUUAUUUGUUGACCAUGAUUGGAUAGCACCUAAAGUUUAUUUCUAGACUUGGAGACUUCUCAGCAGCUACUGGAAUGAUUUUAUUCUCUCAAACUCUUCCAAUUGUUACAGAUAAUUAAAAGGAAAAAUUAGGCGUUGGUCUGAUUCUGAACAUAAAGCAACUGCUUGGGGAGAGAGGAACUUGUGCAGCCAAAUGAGCUACUUUUACCUUCUAAAGCCAGUAAAAGGCAAAGAGGAGAUAUUUCUUCACAAAGUGCAAUAGAUUAAUUGAUUUGAAAUUCUGUUGCUUUUCAGUCACAAUGUAUGUUUUAAAGACAGUGUGGCUCAGCAGAAGUUCAUAUGUCAGAGGGAGAAAGAAGUGAAAAUAUAAAAUGGUUUAUAUCUUUACCAAAAAAAUUAAAAAUGCAUUGCAUUGAAAGAGGCUAAUUAAACUCAUAAGAGAUUAUGAGUUUGAACUCAUGGAGAAUAAUGUAUUGUUUCAUUUUCCAAGCAAGCCACUCUUCAGUAGAACUAGGUGUCCUAUAAAUCGUUACCUGGUGAGAUAAGACUUUUACCUGAGGAAUUAUUAAACUACUCAGUUGAAUUUAACUGGCCUGAGACCCCUGAUUUCUAACUACAUCAUGCUCAUUUGUAGGCUAAAAUUUCACAGUUGACAGGGUACCGAACAGUUUGCAAUUGUGAAGAGCUAUUUUACAUUAUUAAUCAGUAAACAUUUGCAAUUCAUCUCCAUCGACCUGUUCCUGAUCUCCAAAUGUAUAGAAACUUCUCACGGAGUUCCAGGUGUGACUUGGAUUUCUGCUUCAUGUCUGAUAUUCACCAUCAGAUAAAAUAAGCUUUGUGCAUCCACAUCAGUUGAAUAGCUGGACUUCCAAAACAGUCGCAAAGGGGUUACUAAAUGUUUGAUUUUAUUUUGUGGAUGAAUUCUGAGACCAUCUAGACAUGGAUAUUGGUUUUUAUGAGAAGGAUUUCCUAACAAAAUGGUAAUUGAGAGAACUGGAAUGCUAGAUUCUUCAAAUCAUGUGAGAGAAAAAGGAAAUGGAGAGAUUAUAUUGCCAGACCAAGAAAAAAGACCUUUAAACCAUUACUAGUAUUUUGUCAUCUCAUCUGCAUCCAUUGAGACAUUGACUUCCAAGUGACAAGAAGGAAGUGGUGUUUUUUAAAGCCCAAAGAUACUUGGAAUUUCAGUAAUUUUUCUUGUUAUACAUGUAAGACUAGAAUUGUAAGGGACUAAGCCUUAACAGUGUGUGGUCAGUGAUAACAAGACUCCACUGCUAUAGCCAGUUAACAAUUUUCCCUAGUAUACCAGCUGAUUAAUAGGAUCAUGGGGCAAAAACUUUAAUCCUGAAAAAAUAUGGUCAACCCCAUAAGAGAUAAUAUAUUAAAGUGGGAACCAGUUGGGACCAGGGCCACCUCAAGACAUUUUGCUCCCGAGACAAAGGACAAGAUGAUGCUCUUUCCCCUCCAUGUGCAGAAGCUGACCAGAUUGCCAGUUAAGCCGCCAGCCGUCCACCACUGGAGGUGGCCAUCUUACUUGCCUAACGGCACUGUUCCAAUGCAGUAAUUCUUCCUUGUAAUUCACUUGAGUGGAGGAUUUUCAACCUCAUCCAGAUGCUCCCAAACUGCAUAUGCAUACCUCCUGGCUGUUCCUCGUGUCUGCCAAAACAUGGAUAGUUGUCAUAGCCCAAUGCUCCCCCUGCCCCCAUGUUUGUUAGUAGAGCAUUUCCAUUCAGUCAACCCCCAAAAUGGAGGUAGCUUUCAGGCUCAGUGGAUGUCUGAGAGAGAGAGAGACUGUUUUAGCCUAUUAAUCAUAGAUUGUAAUAAUAUUAAGGGUGCAGCAUUUAUAUUACAGUUUAUGUUUAUAAAGAUGUAUAGUGUUCAGAAGCUGUGAAAAUAGUGUAAGAACUGUACAUUGUGAGCUAUGGUUAAUUUUUUUCUUGUAUCAUAGAAAAAUGUUUAAAAGUUUAUUGAGAAGCUGAUGUGCAGGGAUAUUGCCUUAUUGUCUGUAAGUAAAAUGGAGUUUGACAACAUGACGGCUUCUAAAAGCUUCCAGCUAUUUUUACCCUCUCCUGAUUUGACUUGGUUGACUUCUAUUUAAAAUAGUCUACAUGGAAUUACUGUAAUAGUUCUGUUUUUUUCUGCCUGCAGGUCAGUUGUAAUAUAUCGAGGAUGCAAUUAUGAUCUUGCUAUAAGGUCAGACGUGAUAGGGAAAUCAAUAAAUGCUAAAUGAAAUUUAAAAACA